UCAAAAUCAGAUAAGUUAUACAAAAUGGCAGUUGAUGGUGUGAAAGACCUUUUUGAUAGAAUCAUGGAUGAACAUAAUAAGUUGGUCAAAGAUAACGGAUCUUCACAAGUUCUGAAUUGUGAACCCCAUGAAGAUAAUAAUAGAAUUCAGCAAUUGCAUCAACCAUUUGUGGAAAAUCCAAACAUAUCACAAACUAAAGGAAGACCUCCCAAAGCCGAUAAAGGAAAAGGAAAAGUUAGUAGUACGGGUAGGCUACUGGCGGGGAUUGAAUCGUCUACUGCUAACAAAAAAAGAAAGUGUUCAGUUUUCCAAGACUCAACGCAUGACAAAAGAAAUUGCCCCAAAAAGGCAGAUACGGAGCAAUUAAAAAUCAGUGAUCCAAGUACAAACUCCAGCAAUGAGGAUGCCAUUUAACUUGGGAUACAAUAGUGAUUACCAGACUCGGGUAAUAAUAUACCUGUGAAGUAAUUUGUAAACUAAAUUUGACAUGAAGUCUGAGUAUUCCAAAUGUGAUUCUAUUAAUUGUAUGUCUUCCCAAGAUAAAACAUCACCUAAAUAAAAGGAAUAAGGGUGUUGUACAAACUAGAGGAAAUCUGACGUGAGUCGAACACGCAACUUUCUGGCCUAGAGCCAGACGCGCUACCAUUGCUCCACAGAUUAAUAUCAAAAUUAAACACAUUUAAGGGAAAUUAAAUAAGAACAGUAUUGCGCUACCAUAGCCACAGAAAAUAGGCAGAACGAGAAAAUGAGAAAGAAUGUAGCAUAGAAAAUUCCCAAACUAUUGAAAUGUUCGCAUUAAUCCGUAUUUGAUAGAGAAUUCAGAUGCACAUUCAUGAGCUAGGAUAUUUCUAACCUAUACCACUUAAUUGUCAACUAUAAUGUAACAUUGACAUGUUCACACAGAAGAUCCAACUUCAGUGCAUAGUACUGUGUACGGAAAAGCCAAAGUAGCCAUUGUCACUCAGAGAAAUCAUGACUCGUUAAGUUCACUGACAUGGAAAUGGAAUCCAAAUUCCAAAAUCAUAUCAAUAAACGAUAUAACCUAUUAUUUUCGCUCCUGACACAGUAAGUACAUAGGUAAUGGUCCUCAUGAUGAGCUAGCUAGCUAUAUAGGCUAGGAAGCUACUACUCGAAGAACACAAACAUAAUUAUAUAUGCAAAGAUGGGGAGUCAUGAAUGAUGGAGGAGGUAGGAGGAGAAGCCAGCAAUGAGGACCACUUGUACGUUUCAGGGUUUUUAUUGGCUUACGCGUCUUAUUUCCAACUUCCAAGUAGUAAAAAUUGAUGCAUGAGUUGGAACCUGGUGCAAGAAAAGGCUGGAUACAUAGAUUUUUGUUAUAUCUCUCAGUUUUCACAUGCGAACUGUGUACAUGGCUCUCUAUCUGCAUAUUCACAUUCAGCAAAAUAUUCCUCUUUAGAUUUCUUUUUUACCCUAAUGCAUAAGCAUCUUUGAUUCUCCUCUUAAAAUUUUCUCGACCAAGCAUUGACAUUUGGAUUUUUAAAUUACAGAGAUGAAGGAAGAUGUCAAAUUUUACCAUGUAUACCGAUAGUUGUUAUAAAUAAACCACUCAUUUUGCUAUAUGUUAACUGCUUGUAUGCACUUACCCCAACAUGACGCACUUUUUACACUCACAUAUAUUAUGAAAAUUGAGAUCUUAGUCCUACUCUUAGUUAGAGGUUACUAUUUCACAAGCAUAAACAACCCCAAGUCAUUUCCUUUAUAAUUAGAGAUGAAAUAUAUACUCUAGCCAGUCCUAAGGUUUGGUUAAAUGUUCAUCUGAUGAUAAUUAACCCAAGCACAUGCUACAACAGAAAA